AUGGAAAGACACCUGACUAGACACCAGCGCAUACACACAGGAGAGAAGCCUUAUAGCUGUGAUCAGUGUGGGAAGAGCUUUGCUCAAGAUUUCACCCUGACUGAACACCAACGCAUACACACAGGAGAGAAGCCUUAUAGCUGUGAUCAGUGUGGGAAGAGCUUCAAUAAUUCAGGACAACUGACUUCACACCAACGAAUACACACAGGAGAGAAGCCUUUUAGCUGUGAUCAGUGUGAGAAGAGCUUCAGUCAUUCAGGAUCCCUGACUAGACACCAGCACAUACACACAGGAGAGAAACCUUUUAGCUGUGAUCAGUGUGGGAAGAGCUUCAAUAAUUCAGGACACCUGACUAGACACCAGCGCAUACACACAGGAGAGAAGCCUUAUAGCUGUGAUCAGUGUGGGAAGAGCUUUACUCAAGAUUCCACCCUGACUGAACACCAACGCAUACACACAGGAGAGAAGCCUUAUAGCUGUGAUCUUUGUGGGAAGAGCUUUAAUCUAGAUUCCACCCUGACUAGACACCAACGCAUACACACAGGAGAGAAGUCUUAUAGCUGUGAUCAGUGUGGGAAGAGCUUCAAUCAGUCAGGACACCUGACUACACACCAACGCAUACACACAGGAGAGAAGCCUUAUAGCUGUGAUCAGUGUGGGAAGAGCUUCAAUCGUUCAGGACACCUGACUACACACCAACGCAUACACACAGGAGAAAAGCCUUAUAGCUGUGAUCAGUGUGGGAAGAGCUUCAAUCAUUCAGGAUCCCUGAUUACACACCAACGUAUACACACAGGAGAGAAGCCUUAUAGCUGUGAUCAGUGUGGGAAGAGCUUCAAUCAUUCAGGAUCCCUGAUUACACACCAACGCAUACACACAGGAGAGAAGCCUUAUAGCUGUGAUCAGUGUGGGAAGAGCUUCAAUCAUUCAGGAUCCCUGAUUACACACCAGCGCAUACACAGAGGAGAGAAACCGUAUAGAUGUGAUCUGUGUGGGAAGAGCUUCAAUCAAUCAGGAGCCCUGAUUAAACACCAGCUCACACACACUGUAGAGAAACCUUAA